AUGGAUGAGAAGAAGCAAGAUUUGGAAAAUGCCCCGCGCUACUGGGUACGCAUAACAUUUACUUCCGUUGCCGUCAAGCCCUUGGAAAAAGUCGCCGAAGAGGUUAAAAUGCGUGCAAGGGAUAUGAACCUUAAGCUUAAAGGACCAGUUCGUUUGCCUACUAAGACUCUCAGAAUUACUACCCGCAAGACCCCCUGUGGUGAGGGUUCUAAAACCUGGGAUCGUUACCAAAUGCGCAUUCACAAGCGUGUUCUCGAUCUCUACUCAAAUUCCGAGACCGUACAGCAACUGACCCUAUGUGACUUGGAUCCUAUGGUUCGCGCCGAAGUCAAAAUGGAAGGCGCUAGUGCUUAA